AUGUCGGACUCUUCACCAGAAUAUGAUAAUACACCAAGACGGUCGAAAAAAGUCUCUUCCAAUAUAUCCUCAGACCAUGAAUCACUUUCAGAACCGAACAGUGAUCGUGAGGAAAAUUACAACGAAGAACCUUUAAAGGAACCUAGCGUCGAGAAUGACGAGUCGCCGAAUAGUUCAAGGAUACACUCGCCAACCCCUCCGGCUGACCUUAUGGUCGACAGAGAUCUUGAAGAAGACAAGAACGAUACAUCAAAAAGUCCCAGAUCUGUGAACGGCAGUGCCAAAGACAAUAAAACUUUUGAUAAUGAACUCGACGAUUUAUUCGGAGGUGCCAUGAGUGACGAUGAACCCUUUGAAAAACGUGAACAGGAACGAACAGAAGAUUUUACGCCAAUAGCUUCACCGAUACAUUCGGAUGACGAAGGUGGAUAUAUUCGACCGCCAGUAGAAACCGAGUAUAUUUCAAAUGUCUUUCGUAAAACACCAAAGAGUUGUGACAACAAGUAUUAUGUUGCAAAGGUUCCGACCUUUUUCUCUUUUUCGCACGUCGCUUUUAACCCGGAGACCUACUCUAAGGAUGAUGAUUGCGCAAUAGAAAGUGACAUAAUAUUGGGUGCAGAAAAUUCACUGCGAUGGCGUUACAAGAUAGAUCCGGUUACUGGCAAAGAAACAGAUGAGAAGGAGUCAAAUUCUAGGUUGAUAAAAUGGUCAGAUGGUUCCAUGUCGUUGAUGAUUGGUGAAGAAAUUUUUGAUUGUUCUCGUCAGCCUUUGGAUAAUGUCUACCAAUAUCUAUCGAUUCCUCAUCGUGAAACGAACACCAUAGAAAACAAAGAAAGGCUUACGGAUACCAUAACAUUUCUUCCUUCAACGGUCGGCAAAACUCAUCGUAUGUUGGCUGCAGCCAUUCAGUCAAAGCAUGUUAAACAGGUUAAAACUCAGUUUGUUGAUAUGAAUCAGGAUCCCAAUUUAAUUAAACUGCAACAAGUGGCUGAAAGAGAAAAGAAAUCAAAUGUUAAACGCGCAUCAACUUCCCGUGCACCCCGAGGACGUAAAAAAAUUGAGGACGACUAUUCCGAUAAUGAAGAAAGAGCUUCUACUUUCAAAUCGCGUGGUGAUACGUAUGAGGAUGACUCCGGUUUCGUAGUCGCAGAUGAGACAGAUGACGACGAAGAAUUUGACAAGUCGGAUAGACGACGUAAAGGAAAAGAAAGGGAAAGUGAUGGUCGUCGUAGGGAAACAUCAUCAAAUAUUGUUUCUUCUGCGAGAUCUAGAAAGCGACGUGCCGAAGAGGAUGAAGAGAACGAAGAGGAUUUAUAUGAGGAAAAUAAUGAUCAGAUGAAAAGUGAACCUUCAUAUUCGCGUCGCGAGCACCGAGAUCGUCAUGGACGUGAAGAACGACGCGAAGAACGACGCGAAGAACGGCGCGAAGAACGGCGUGAACGCGCUGGACGCACUGAGCGACUAGAACCGAGGAGGAGUAGGAAUGUUAUUGUAGGUGAUGAUGACGAGGACGAUUGA